AUGGGUAGACCAGAACAAUGCGUCCUCUUCGCUCAUACCUUCGUUCAUUCACAUCUCGAUGAGUACGUCGACGAGGUAAUUUUUUCAGAACCAGUAAUAGUCAACGCGUGUGAGGUUUUGGAACAGAGUGCAUCAUCCGUUGCCCAAGCAGUACCACUUGUUGGGGCAACUUCACCUCCAUCAUUUGCCAUAGAGGUGUUUGUUCAUUGUGAGGGAGAGACAAGGUUUAGAAGACUUUGUCAGCCUUUUCUCUAUUCACAAUCUUCAUCAAAUGUAUUGGAAGUGGAGGCUGUUGUCACUAGUCAUCUAGUUGUGAGGGGCAGUUAUCGCAGUUUGAGCUUGCUUAUAUAUGGAAACACAGCUGAGGACUUGGGUCAGUUCAACAUUGAGUUUGAUGACAAUGCGUUGACUGAUCUUGUUGAUUCUGCGGAGGGGAAGCUUGAAGACCUGCCACUUGCAUUGCAUUCUACUAAUUUUGCUAUUGAAGAUUUACGUUCUUCUUUGACUGUCUUGUCUAUUCCAGUUCCUGUAGCAGAUAUUUCUCUUGAAGUCAAACUUUUUUUACAGUUGAUGUUAAAGAUUUUAGAAUUAUCAGAGAUUGGUAAUAAUGGACAUAUUGGAGAUGAUGGACAUAAAGUUGUAAGUACUGUAGUAUCGGCAAUCUCUUCCUACAUUUCUGGUGAUAUAUGUGAAUCAAUCAGUGGGAGAUAUCAGAUAGGGAAGAGAGCUGAGAAGUUUGAAGAGUUGCACAAUGUUGUUAACAAGGCAAGAAAAGAGCUCACUGAUGUCUAUAGGGGUUUUAAGCAAAAAAAUGAGAUUGAAUUCUCUGAAUGUUCACCGGAGGGACAUUAUUUUGAAUUGGAGACUGAAAUAUUGGACUCCAAAACGCUGGUGGAUAUGUUUAAUCAGAUUAAUCAUUUCAGAAGGCACUCUUCAUCUAUAGGAGAUCACUUUCUUUCUCGGAAUGAACACGCUCUUCUAGGAUUGAGCAUGGCUUAUUUACUAUGUUCCGGUAGAGAGAGCUGUUUUCAAUUUGUUAAUAGUGGGGGAAUGCAGCAGAUUGAAAUGUUUUUUUCCAAGGAUGUCCAGAAUUCUACUACUAUUACGCUUCUGCUUCUUGGUGUUGUAGAGCGGGCUACUAGAUAUUCUGUUGGAUGCGAAGGCUUUUUAGGUUGGUGGCCUCGGGAAGAUGAAAACAUCCCCUCUGGUUUUAGUAAAGGUUAUAGCCAUUUGCUGGAGUUGAUACUGUCAAAACCUCGACAUGAUGUUGCCUCCCUUGCAACCUAUUUGCUUCAUCGCUUAAGAUUUUAUGAAGUUGCUUCAAGAUAUGAGUCUGCAGUUCUGUCUGUGCUGGGAAACACCAGUACUUUUGGCAGGGUAACAGAUGUUACUUUGAAUAUGCUUAGUUCUGCUGAAGUUCUGCUCAGAAAGCUCCUGAAAUUGAUAAAUUCACGUGGUCCAAUUGAAGAUCCUUCUCCCGUGGCUUGUGCAAGUAGAUCCCUGAUUACUGGUCAAACAGAUGGAUUGUUGUCAUAUAAAACAACUUCCAACUUGAUCAGCUCUUCGAGUUGUUGCUUUUCAGAUUGGGAUAUCGAUACACAUUUACUUGGGUUGUUAAAGGAGAGGGGAUUUCUUUCAUUAUCAACUGCGCUGUUGUCAUCAUCUAUACUGCGGGUGGAAAGGGGCCAUGUCAUGGAAAUAUUCAUGGAUGUCACAUCAUCUAUUGAGGCUGUGAUUCUAUCAUUUCUUUUUUGUCGUUCAGGCUUGAUAUUCCUAUUACAGGAUCCCGAACUUUCUAGUACUUUAAUCCGUGCCUUUAGGGGUGGUCAUCACGGCAACAAGGAAGAUAGUAUUCCGCUUCGCUAUGCUUCCGUUUUGAUAUCAAAGGGUUUCUUUUGUAGUCCAAUGGAGAUAGGAACAAUAAUUGGGAUGCAUCUAAAAAUGGUUAAUGUGAUUGAUCGUUUGCUUUCAUCAAAUCCACAAUCGGAAGAGUUCUUAUGGGUUGUGUGGGAACUGUCUGCUCUCUCAAGGUCUGAUUGUGGGCGCCAAGCACUGUUUUCUUUUGGAAACUUUCCAGAGGCUGUUAACAUCUUGAUUGAAGCAUUAAGUUCUACCAAGGAAUCUGAACCCGAUGGGAAAACCGGCGGAUCUUUACCUGUAAAUCUUACAAUAUUUCAUUCAGUUGCUGAGAUUAUUGAAGCUAUUGUUACCGAUUCCACAUCAUCAUCUUUGGGCUCUUGGAUUGGACAUGCGACAGAACUUCAUAGGGCUCUGCAUUUCUCCUCUCCGGGUUCUAACAGAAAAGAUGCUCCCUCACGUCUGUUGGAAUGGAUAGAUGCUGGUGUAGUAUAUGACAAACAUGGGGGUAUUGGUCUCCUACGGUAUGCUGCUCUAUUGGCUUCUGGAGGAGAUGCCCAGUUAACUUCAACUAGUGUCCUAGUUUCAGAUUUGACUGAUGUUGAAAAUGUUGUUGGAGAGUCUUCCGGUGGCUCUGAUAUUAAUGUCAUGGAGAAUCUUGGGAAGUUCACAUCUGAGAAGUCUUUUGAUGGCGUUACUCUUCGUGAUUCUUCUCUGUCACAGUUAACAACAGCGUUGAGGAUUUUGUCUUUUAUUUCUGAGAACCCUACUGUUGCCGCGUCUCUCUAUGAUGAAGGUGCUGUUACAGUUAUUUAUGCCAUAUUGGUUAACUGCCGAUUUAUGCUUGAGAGGUCCUCAAACAAUUAUGAUUACCUUGUAGAUGAGGGUACCGAGUGCAAUGCUACAUCAGACUUACUAUUGGAACGCAAUCGUGAGCUUAGCAUAGUUGAUCUCUUGGUUCCUUCACUUAUGCUACUGAUUACACUUCUGCAGAAAUUACAGGAAGCAAAGGAACAACACCGAAAUACAAAAUUAAUGAAUGCUCUUUUAAGAGUACACAGGGAAAUAAGCCCCAAGCUAGCUGCAUGUGCUGCAGAGUUAUCAUCUCCGUAUCCUGAUUACGCGAUAGGUUAUGGAGCUGUCUGUCAUUUGAUUGCGUCUUCCCUUGCCUUUUGGCCAGUAUAUGGCUGGAGUCCAGGUCUUUAUCACACUCUUCUUGACAGCGUUCAGGGUACUUCAUUGUUGACUCUAGGUCCAAAAGAAACAUGCAGUUUGCUCUAUCUUUUGAUUGAUUUGUUUCCCGAGGAAGAUAUAUGGUCUUGGAUUGGUGGAAUGCCUUUGUUAACGACACGAAGGAUGUUGGCUGUUGGAACCCUAUUAGGGCCUCAAAAGGAGAAGCAUGUCAACUGGUAUUUGGAAUCUGGAUCCCUUGGGAAGCUGAUUAGCCAAUUGGCACCACACCUUGACAAAAUUGCUGAGAUUGUACAACACCAUGCUAUUUCUGCAUUAGUAGUCAUUCAAGAUCUGCUGCGUGUUUUUGUAACUCGCAUUGCUUUCCAAAAUGUUACUUAUGCAUCUAUGCUUUUACAACCAAUAUUGUCAUCGAUCGGUAGUCAUGUUUCAGAAUCAUCCCCAUCAGAUACUGAUGCAUACAAGGUUUUGAGGCUUCUUGAUUUUCUUGUCAGCCUAUUAGAGCACCCACUUGGAAAGGGCUUAUUGCUAAGACUGGGCACUCUUGAGACACUAACAAAAGUACUGGAUAGAUCUCUUGUCAUUGUUGAUGGAAAGCCAAUUCCUGAUAGUAGAAGUUCUGUAAAGUACAGCUUUAAUUUUUUUAGUUGGUGUCUCCCGGUGUUCAAGUUUAUCAUGCUUCUUUUUAAUUCUGAAACUUCCCAAUAUUACUCCCGAAGACAUGACUCCAGUAACUUAUUUGAAAAGAUGAAAGAUGAAGAUUAUGCCCUCAUUUUACAUUAUCUUUUGAAGAGUUGCCAGGUCCUACCUGUUGGGAAAGAGUUACUUGCUUGUCUUAUAGCUUUCAAAGAAUUAGCUUCAUGUAGUAAAGGUCAAAUGGCAUUUGAAGCAGUUCUUUCCGGCUUCCAUUAUAAUGCUUGUGAGCUUGAUCAGAAAGAUGAUAUGGAUGUAAACUAUAAUGUUCCUAGUAUGGCAGAAUGGAAAAAGUGCCCUCCUUUACUUAGCUGUUGGAUGAAGUUGUUGAGAUCAAUUGACACAAUGGAGGGUUUGUCGCCUUAUGCAAUUGAAGCUGUCUAUGCUUUAUCAGUGGGGUCUCUACAGUUUUGCAUGAAUGGGGACAGUUUAUUUUCCGACAGAGUUCUCGCAUUGAAGUACCUCUUUGGACUUUCUGAUGAUGUGACAAGAUCACUCGACUUUCCUGAAGAAAAUAUAAACUGCAUACUAGAUUUGAGUACUAUGUUAAGUUCAAAGGCUACUGUGGAUGAUUGUUUGGUCACCUCUCACUUGCAAAUACCGUUAUACCAGGUUUCUGAGUCAGUGAAAUCAUUGUACUUAGUAUUGCAAAGGCCUGUUGAUACCAUGGAGUCGGGUGAUGUUGUUUUACCUCAAAAUGACGUUUUAGUUUUUCCAAAGGCACUUCACAUGCUUGAAAACAGUGUUGAAACGAUCGACAAUCAUCUUGACGUUGGAGGACUUGGUGACAAAUUUCUUUGGGAGUGUCCAGAAACGUUGCCUGAUAGAUUAACACAAACAAAUCUUGCUGCCAAAAAGAAACUGUCAGCAAUGGAUGGACCAGUGAGGCGAGGCAGAGGAGAGAGUUUUCAAGCUGAUGUUUCUGCUUUUUCGCGUGGCUUAGCACCGUCUACUGUUUCUUCGGGUCCUACACGUAGGGAUUCCUUCCGGCAGCGCAAGCCGAAUACCAGCAGACCACCAUCUAUGCAUGUGGAUGACUAUGUGGCUAGGGAGAGAAAUGUUGAUGGGAUUACCAAUGUAAUAGCAGUGCCACGAACAGGAUCUACUGGUGGGAGACCCCCAUCAAUCCAUGUGGAUGAAUUUAUGGCCAGACAAAGGGAACGUCAGAACCCUUCAGCAACAGUAGUGGGAGAAGCCGUGGGACAUCUAAAAAAUGCUUCUCCUGUGAAAGCUUCAGAUGUAGAGAAGUCAAACAAAUCUAAGCAAUUAAAAACAGAUCUUGACGAUGAUCUUCAAGGAAUUGAUAUAGUUUUUGAUGGAGAGGAGUCUGACUCUGAUGACAAAUUGUCUUUUCUUCAACUGGAUGAUAAUUUACAGCAGCCUGCCCCAGUUAUUGUUGAGCAAAGCUCUCCCCACUCAAUUGUUGAAGAGACAGAAAGUGAUGCUGUUGAUAGUAGCCAAUUUUCUCGCAUGGGUACUCCAAUAGGAUCUAACAUCGAUGAAAAUGUCCAGAGUGAAUUUUCUUCAAAGAUGUCUGGUUCACGACCUGAUAUGUCAUUGACUCGUGAAUCAAGUGUUUCUUCAGACAGGAAAUAUGGCGAGCAGGCUGAUGACACAAAGAAUGCUCUUCAAGCUAAGGUAUCUUGUGGAUAUGAUUCUGCAACAGCAAAUAGUUCGUUCCCAGUGCCUCUUUACAACAAUCCAUCAACAUCUAUGCAACUACCAGUUGAUUCAAGGAUUGCUUCUCAGAGUUUCUUUUUAAAGAACAGUCCUCAACAUGGGGGAAUUGUUACAGGUUCUCAAGGACAGUAUGACCCGAGAUUUUUUCCGAACCAACCUCCUUUACCGCCCAUGCCACCCCCACCAACAAUCUCACCUGCAAUGUCAAAUGGCAUCGAUUCAUUGCAUAAUCAGUCAUCCUCAUUCGUUAAUUCUCCAGCAGGUGCACGCCGUUCAGUUACAUUCCAAGGACCAUCAGAUUAUUUAUCUCCAUUCAACAACAGUUCAGCUGCAUCACCAUUUGCAUCUUCUGUUCCUAUGCCAGAUUCCAAAUAUUCUAGGAAUUCUAUAUCUUCCCCUAGUGGACCUAGUAGACUUGCUCCUCCCCUUCCUCCUACACCACCUCCUUAUGCAUCUAGUCCAUAUAAUUUACCAUCUGUCAAAACAUCUGUCUCACAACCUGCUCCAUAUAAUCAGGCAAGUAUUGGGAAUACUGAACAUUCUCAGGCCUCCAUUGCUCCUUCAGGAGCCAGAUUGUCAUCCUACCCAUUAAAUUCUUCGAUGAUGUCCUUGGGGUACAAUAGGCCAGCUUCUAUGCCAAUGGCUGUCUUUGGUAAUGCCUCAAAUCAGCAACAGAAUGAGAGCCAGUCAAACUUCUUGCAGAGUAUCUCUGUCCCCCAAGCUUCCUUUCAGUCAAUGCAUUCAGUUCCACAGUUGCAGCCACUGCAGCCCCCCCAGCUUCCACGCCCUCCACAACCACCUCAGCUUCCUAGGCCUCCUGUUCAAGCUUUACAGCAGUUGGAACAAGGGAUGGCCGUACCGAGCAAUGUUCAAGUGCAUGAGUUACAGAUGCUGCAACGGUCUCAAGUUUCUUCAAUGCAGACAUAUUAUCAAACCCAGCAGCAACAAUUUUCACAUGAGCAGCAACAGCAGCAAGUUCAACAUACUCAACAAACGGGGGAUGCUCAAUCGCAGGAGCUUUCAAAUGCUGGAAUGUCAUUACACGAGUAUUUUAAGUCUCCAGAGGCCAUUCAGUCUUUGUUGAGUGACCGCGACAAACUUUGCCAGCUGUUGGAGCAGCAACCGAAAUUAAUGCAGAUGCUUCAGGAAAGGUUAGGCCAGAUGUAG